GUUACGUGUUGCUGCUUUAUCAACCUGCAAGUUGUCUCCACGUAUUUACAAGAGGGAACUGCUGUAAAACUAACUGUCUCGGACGCAAAUACAUCCUCAGAGGUACGAUGGUGAACUGCUGUGGUCUGCUAACUGUCCAGAAGGAACUAGUUCCUCUGAAGAGUGUGGAGGUGGAGGUGGAGGUGAGGGACCAUGUGGCUACAGUGGUCUCCACUCUGAACUAUGAGAACAAGGAGGACAAACCACUGGAGGCUGUUUUUGUCUUCCCUCUGCCUGGAGAUGCUGCUGUCUGUCAUUUCAGCGCUAAGAUCGGACAGACACAGAUUGUAGCUGAGGUGAAGGAGAAGCAGGAGGCUCGGGAGGAGUAUGAUGACGCUUUGAGCUCAGGUCAGCAGGCUUUCCUAUUGGAGGAGAGUGAUCAGAGUCCAGAUGUAUUCUCUCUGAGUGUGGGCAGUCUGCCUCCAGGAGAGAGCGCCUCCAUCAGGCUGGAGUACGUCACUGAGCUGGCUGUGCAGGCUGAUGACGGGCUGCGGUUUUGCCUGCCUGCUGUGCUCAACCCUCGCUACCAACCUCAGGGCAGUGGAGGUGCCGGUGUCCAGGUGACUGCUGUUCCAGCCUCUCUGGUGCCCUACAGUCUGUCCUUCUCUGCCCGAGUGUCCUCUCCUCGUCCAGUCUCUAAAGUAGAGUCCAACUGUUCCCUGGACCCUCUGCAGUACCUCAACACAGAGCAAACCCAGGCCACGGUGAAGUUGGCUGCAGGACACAAGUUUGACAGAGAUGUUGAAAUGCUGAUUUAUUACAAAGAUGCCCACCAGCCCACUGCUGUGGUGGAGGCAGGACAGACCUCUGCCAAGCCUGGCACUCUGAUGGGUGAUCCAGUGGUGAUGCUGAGCCUGUACCCUGAGUUCCCCCAGGCUGUGAUGUCUUCAGUCGCCUCAUGUGGAGAGUUUGUGUUCUUAUUGGAUCGAUCUGGAAGUAUGGGUGGUUCUAUGAACAACAGCAGUAGUGAUCAGUCUCGCAUUGGCAGUGCCAGGGAUACUCUGCUGCUCCUUUUGAAAAGCUUACCAAUGGGCUGCUAUUUCAACAUCUACAGCUUCGGGUCCAGCUAUGAACACAUCUUCCCUAAGAGUGUGGAGUACAGCCAGAAGACCAUGGAAGAGGCUCUGAAGAAAGUUGAGGAGAUGGGCGCUGAUCUGGGAGGAACAGAGAUCCUGAGGUCCCUCGAACACAUUUACAGUCAGCCCUGCAUACUCAAUCAUCCUAGACAGCUAUUUGUCUUCACUGAUGGAGAGGUGUGGAACACCAAAGACAUUAUGAAUCUGGUGAAGAAGAAUUCAGGUUCCCACAGGUGUUUCUCUUUUGGGAUUGGGGAAGGGGCCAGCUCUGCUCUUAUCAAUGGGUUGGCCAAGGAAGGAGGAGGUCACGCUCAGUUCAUCACAGGGACUGACAGGAUGCAACCCAAAGUGAUGCAGUCGCUGCGAUUUGCUCUGCAGCCAGCUGUGGUGGACAUCUCAGUCACGUGGGAUUUGCCAAAGGGAGUGUCUGCCACUGUCCUCUCUCCACCAAUCACAGCACUUUUCCAGGGUCAGAGGUCACUGAUUUAUGCCCAGCUCACCGGACAGAGUUCAGAGGCAGGAGAGGGCUGUGUGACGGUGAAGUACAGCCUGGCAGGUCAUCCCUCUCAGAACCAGCUCCACUUCAGUCUCAGACCUGCAGAGGACUUUGGAUUAACGGUCCACAGGUUGGCUGCUCGGACUCUGAUUCGCUCCCUGGAGGUGGAGGAGAGAGGCCGCAGAGGACAGCAAGAUGGAGGAGUGAAGGAGAAGGUGGUGGAGCUCAGUGUCCAAUCAGGAGUGAGCAGUUCCUUCACUGCCUUCAUUGCUGUCAACAAAGGCGACGGCGAGGCGAUUCAAGGACCUCUGGUGCGCAGAAACGUUCCAACACCCACUCUGCAGGACUGUAGUGUGCGUUCCAGGCCCUGUGUUCUUCAAAGCAGCUUGAAUGGUUCGAGUAGCAGUAGGAUGCUAUCGUGUCCUUCAACAGUUUAUGAUACCUGUAGCUUGGAGAUUCGCUACAGUGACUGCAGUUUGAGUGAUCCAUUCGAAAAGUCGGCUGGAAAGUCUGUUAAGAAGAGAAGUGUUUUCAAAGUUUUCCGCAGAAUCAGCGGCUACUUUAAAGGUGGUCAGAGUGCCUCACCUCAGACCAACGACACGCCUUCACCUGGGCAUGCAGGCACUGAGCCCAGGCAGCCAUCCAGAGACCCUUUGCUGCAGUUGGUCUCCCUCCAGAAGGCGUCUGGCAGUUGGGUGCUGGAUCCAGCUCUGGCUGCUGCACUGGGAAAGACCAGCAAGGAGGUGGAGAACCUAAAACCUGCAUCGGUGAACCAGGAAGUGUGGGCCACAAUUCUGGCUCUGAUCUGGCUUCAUGGUUUCAAGAUGGAUGCUCAGGAAGAGUGGGAGCUUCUGGCUAUCAAGGCUGUGUCAUGGCUCCGUGCUCAGAAUGCACCAUGUGUGACAGAGUGUGUGGAAGCUGGAAAUGCUCUGCUGGGUUGCAACGUGCAGAAAGACGCCCUGGGGCUCUGAGGUUUUCAUUAAAGUGGCUUCUCCUUCAGGACUGGUACACAGAAGCAGAUCUAUUCCACAAACUUUAUCAUUUUUGCACUGUUCACAUUUAGUUAUGCAGCUGUUUGUUAAGCCCUUGCAUAUUAACUGAUGUAGUAAAAUAUGUUUUGUGUGAAUGAGGAAAUAAGAGCCCUUCAGCCUCAUGUGAGAGGGGGCAUAUAUAUCCAUAGGGACAUUUUUAAUAAGGCU